AUGGCAACAUUUCUAUCUGCGAAAUUGUCACUGCGACAGGGCCUCAAAAUUACCAACCAUCGUCUCUUCCACACCACACACAGACGGGACGUAGUCAAGCCAUUUUUAUUAGCGGACAUUGGCGAGGGGACUCGAGAAUGCCAAAUCAUCCAAUGGUUUGUACAGCCGGGCGCUCGCGUCGAGCAAUUCGAUAAGCUCUGCGAAGUACAGUCGGACAAGACAGCAUCUGAUAUCACAUCACCAUUCGAUGGAGUUAUCAAAAAGCUGUACUAUGAGGCAGAUGACAUGGCUCUCGUUGGAAAGCCGUUACUGGACAUUGACAUUCAAAGUGAAAUCUCUCCAGAAGAUGAGGCACUUGUCAAAGAUACCGGCGGUGAGAAAGUGCAUGUUCCACAAGAACCAUCGCAAUAUCAACCCUCACCACAAGAAGCUCGCAACGUGGAAAGGGAGGAAGUCAAAGGCCCUCUGGGCAGGACGAAGAACCAUGACAAAGGACUGGCGACACCUGCUGUACGACAUCUCAUCAAAGAGCACAAUAUCAAAGUCGAAGACAUUGAUGGAAGCGGCAAAGAUGGAAGAGUGCUGAAAGAAGACGUCCAUCGCCACGUCUCGCAGGCAGCUCAGAUUUCCACGCAGCAAGACUCGGCAAAGGACCAGAAGAGGGCAUUGACACCUGUACAAACGGCCAUGUUCAAGGCCAUGACCCGGUCACUAACAAUACCGCACUUCUUGUAUUCGAGCACGGUCGAUACUGGCAAUCUCAACAGAUUCCGCACAAAGAUCAACAGCACACGAGAAGCCGGAGACAGGUUGACGCCGCUACCUUUUAUCCUGAAGGCAGUUUCGCUGGCAAUGGGCCAUCAUCCAUUGCUCAACGCCUGGCUGGACACAUCAGAUACCAAGAAGCCAGAGUUGAGUUACAAGGCGGCACAUGACUUUGGAAUCGCGGUGGACACAGCCUCUGGCUUACUGGUCCCGGUUAUCAGAAACAUCGAGUCGCAAAGUGUAGCAUCGAUUGCAGAACAGAUCAAGAUCAUCUCGAGCAAGGCGCGCGAAGGCAAAUUGAGCGCAAAAGACCUUCAAGGAGCAACGUUCUCAGUGUCAAACAUCGGAUCAAUCGGUGGUGGCGUUGUCGCACCGAUCAUAGUGGAACCUCAAGUGGCGAUUGUGGGUGUUGGCAGAGCGAAGAUGGUGCCAGGAUUCGAUGGUGAAGGGAACGUGGUCAAGAAGGAAGAGAUGGUGUUGAGCUGGAGUGCGGACCACCGAGUGGUGGACGGAGCAGAGUGUGCCAGAUGCGCCGAGAGGGUGAAUUGGUAUCUGCAGAACAUGGAAGCGUGGGUGCUGGAGAUGAAGUAA